CACUUUCAUUUUGACUCCAGGACUGUUUAAAAUCCUGCACAGGAUCCAAACUAUUCAUAACUUCACUGCAGCUGGAGUGUCCACACUGCUCUCUCUGACUGACCAUGGACAGCCACACAUUCAGGCCAAACAGCACUUUCGGCUAUGGAACAAACAUUACAAACAACAAUGAGUUGAGAAUCGUGAUGGUGGGGAAGACUGGGAUUGGGAAGAGUGCUUCUGGAAACACCAUUCUGGGUCGAGAAUGCUUCCAGUCCAAAUGCAGCCCCAAAUCCCUGACUGUAAACUGCUCCAAAGUCUCCAGUGAUGUGGAUGGACAGCAGGUUGCUGUCAUUGACACUCCAGGUCUGUUUGACACCCGAUUUGAGGGAGAUAAAACAAUCAAAGACCUGGGUCAGUGCGUCUGUUAUGCUUCUCCUGGACCCCACAUCUUCCUGGUGGUCGUUCCAAUCGGCAGAUUCACAGCAGAAGAAUUACAAUCAGUGCAAAUGAUUCAAAAAAUCUUUGGAGAUGCAGCAGACAGAUACAGCAUGGUUCUGUUUACUCGUGGAGACGACCUUGAAGGCACCAUCGAGGAUUAUUUGUCUGAAAGCCCAGAACUGCAGGAUCUGGUGUCCAGAUGUAACGGCCAGUAUCAUGUCUUCAACAACAAGCUGAAAGAUAAGAAACCUCAGGUCACUGAGCUGCUGAAGAAGAUCAGAACCAUCGUUGACAGGAAUGGAGGAAGUCACUACACCAGUGAGAUGUUCCAAGAGGCUGAGAGGAAACUCGAAGAGGAGAAACAACGAAUCCUGAAGGAGAAAGAAGAAGAAAUACGUAAAGAGAAAGAAGAAGUGGAGAGAAAAAUAAAAGAGAAGUAUGAGAAAGAGAUGGAGAAAAUGUAUAAGCAAAUCCAGGCUGACAGAGAGAGAGAGAAGAAGGAGAGAGAGGAGGAGAAGAAGAGGGAGAGAGAAGAAAUUAAUGAGGAGAGGAGGAGGGAGAAGGAGGAAAUGAAGGAGGAGAAAAGGAGGGAGAGAGAAGAAAUGAAUGAGGAGAGGAGGAGGGAGAAGGAAAGAAUAGAUGAGGAGAGGAGGAGGGAAAUUGAGAGGAUGCAAGAAGAAAGACGGAGGGAGAAAGAAGAGAUGUAUGAGCAGAGAAGAAGGGAAAUGGAAAAGAGUGAGGCAGAGAGAAAGGAGAGAGAGAAGCAGUUUGAAGCCCUGAAGAAAAAGCAGGAGAAAGAAAUUCAAGAGGCAAAAUCCAAGCUGCAGUCCCAGCAUGAAUCUGAGGCCAGAGGAGAAGCUGAGGACAAUAAUCCUCUCUAUUAUUUGGCUAAAGCUGGAAAACAUGUGGCUAAAGCUGGAAAACAAGUUGUUAAGGUUGGUAAAGAACUUUUUAAUGCUGGAUGUAGCCUUGUUAAAUCUUUUACCAGCUUGUUUUAAUGAUGAAAGUUGGAAACUUGCUGCUCAUACAAACAUGACAAUGUUUGCAGGAAUCUGAAAACGACAAAUUUGAACUGCAAGUUUCUUUACAAAAACUUAAGUAUAAAACAAGGAGAACAGAAAACAAACUAGAUUCUGUUUCUGUCAUUGUGUUGAUAAAUGAAGUAAAACUCAGCCAGAACCUGGAUGUCAUUAUUGGACAAUAAAAUAUAGUUGUUUGAAUGCAAGUUAGUUAGUGUUUGCAUAUUAUUUCAUGUGUCAUUUGUUAAUCUUUUAGAAACUGUCUUGAAAAAUGUAUAUUGUUGCUGGAAAGGUUAGCAUAAAUGGAAAAUGACAGUAAAUAUACUAGAAUCAAAAUGAUUUUCACUUCAAUAUUCUUGCACUUUUUGCAAUAAUUCUCACUUUGUGAUAAUUGUACUGAUUUGCAGUAUUUUUGAAUGUUUCUGUUCUGUUGAGAUAUUUUGUCACCCUGUUUUGAAUAUAAAAUCACAAAUAAAGCUUGAUUAAAAACAA